AGGCAAUGUACCGGAAAGAUCAUUUAAAAUAUAAGGGCGAAACAUGGGAAUUAGAUGACCCUAUUUGUUUAAGCCAAAAUUGCUUUCUAACUCAUUAUUUAUUGAGUAUUUCUAUAAAUAUUAAUGCAAAAGUUAUACCCUUUUGCAUGAUUGGUAGCAGUAUUGUUAGUACAUCCAUCCAUUCUGAGUCUAAUGAUAAUUUUAAUAAAAUAAUAUUGAACAGGUCAGACUGCACUGUCACAAUCUUACUAUAACGUCAAAAGAAUUAAUUUUUAAUUCUAUCCUUUCUCCAAACAGCUUAUCCUUUGUAGUCAUAGGGGAAAUUUUAUUGUUAAUUUAAAAAAUAAAAAAAUAAAUAAAGACCUCAUUCUGAGGUAUUUUAAAAGUAAAACCAAAUACUGUUCACUAAAAGAUGCAGACUUGGGCCAGGAACUGGCAAGAAAUACACCCAGUCUCUGUUCCUCUGAACAUACCCUUCAUACAUAACUACAAACUAGAAAUUGACAGGAUGUACAGCUUUCAUAUCGAACAACAUCCAUUUAAUGCCAUAAUGUGUGUUUUCUAAAACCUAAUUGAAAUCCUAGAAGAUACAAAUCAGUCAAGUGCCCUUCAUGACCAGGUGUUAUGUUUACAAACAAUUAGACAUAGAUAUCAUAUAGUAUUUUGCAUUAACUGUAUGCAUAUGCAUGCAUAGACUUUACAUUGGUCUUCACCUUUGAAACUCCAAAUCUCCCCACAGACAAUAUUCAAAGAGCACCACCCCACCAUACCUCUGUAAUAACAUCUCAGUGAUGAUUUAUUUAAAGAAAUAUCAAUGGCUCUCAAAAAAAUGUAGCCUGUAUAGAAAAGACUAUAUGACAUUAAAUUUAAAAGAAUAAGCAGCUUUAUGCACACUUUAUAUAACAGUUAGUUUUGGUUCUAUAAUCCAAUUGGUCAAAGAGCACUCCAAGCAUGCUCAUAUUUAGUAUAACAGCACUGGGACUUUUCACUGUUUGUACCAUCUUAUCCAUUCACGGCAUUCCAGACCGGUGCAGAAGUGGAUCACGAAGUGGACUUUCCAUACUCUGUAGACUGUGAUCACUCAAAGGAUUGAGCGGUUCGCAAAAACGAACCGGUUCGCAUCCAGUUUGAAAACACGAUUAAUUCGCAAGCCAGACAUCACUAAUCAGUAUAGCUGUGGUUCGGACGUAAACUGCAUGUGUUUAUAUUCAGUAAAACAUCUCUCGUGCUACUGCUAUUUCUUAAAUAAGGUAUUGGAAAUCAUUUAAAUCAUCUGGUGCUCCAAGUUUAAUAAGGCCCUCUAGUGGGCUCCGGCCCCUCCCCACAGCAAUUAAUUAAUUCAACCUUAUCCCGUUUCAAAUUUAAAUAGACAUCAAUUCACUUCUCAUUUAAGAAAAGUAUUCUACUAACAUCACUAAAACAGGUGACAUGAGAUCAAGAGACCCCUGAGACCCCUCUGAGAGAAAUAAAUAAAUAAGAAAGGAUCAGUCCACUGUCCUAACCCGCCUCAUCCCAUCUCAUGCAUGGCUGCCAGUGAUGGUCUACUGGGUGUCAGCUUUUAUUGGCACGAUACAAAGCGAAGUGCCAAGCUCUGCUGCCUCGAUUCCCCGAGCAGACUCGGCCUCUGGAAUAAAAGCUUGCAAAAUGUCUCGCCCGAGCACAGAGACAUAGCAAUGCUGGGCUGGAAGGAGGAAGUGCAGUGGAGAGGGGAGGGACCGCGCGCAGAGUUCCAGACUGCUGCCGCGGCGCUGAGAACUUGUGCGCAUGGAGCGGCGGGGGACAGCUGGAAGAGCUUCAUACUGCAAACUCAAGGAAUAGCAGAAUACCUGCACAGGAUGGAGACUGAGGAGGCACAGGAAAUGUCCCAGAUAACAGGAAGGGACAGCCCGACUGCUAACGAGGUGGGAGAGGACCAAGAUGAGGCCAUGCCUGUUCCUGAAGACUUGUCAGCCAGCACCGGCCUCCAACACAACAACCGCACAGACAAACCACUGGCCUGUAAUAUAAAAGUUGAGGCUCGGAGUGACGAGGAAAACGGGCUGGCCUGUGAGAUGAAUGGAGAGGAGGAGGAAUGUGCAGCCGAGGACUUGCGUGUGCUCGAUGGCUCAGGGGCCAAAGUGAACGGCUCCCACGCGGGCCCUGACAGCAAGCCGGCCGCCUACCCCACGGCCGGGGGCAUCCGCCUCCCCAACGGGAAGCUGAAGUGCGAUAUCUGUGGGAUGGUUUGCAUUGGGCCCAAUGUGUUAAUGGUGCACAAGCGAAGUCACACUGACGAAAGAAAGUCAUACAGGUUUGGAAUGACAAACAGUAAGGGGGAAAGGCCGUUCCAGUGCAACCAGUGCGGUGCUUCCUUCACUCAGAAGGGUAACCUGCUCCGACACAUCAAACUGCACUCUGGCGAGAAACCUUUCAAAUGUCACCUGUGCAACUACGCUUGCCGCCGCAGAGACGCCCUCACCGGACACCUGCGCACGCACUCGGUUGGAAAACCUCAUAAGUGUGCAUACUGCGGGCGCAGUUACAAGCAGCGGAGCUCGCUGGAGGAACAUAAGGAGAGAUGUCACAACUACCUGCAGUGCAUGGGCCUUCAGAAUAGCAUUUAUACAGUGAAGGAAGAGAACAGCCAGAAUGAGCAGAGGGAGGACAUGCCUGCAUCUGAGAGAGCCUUGGUGCUAGACAGGAUAGCUAACAAUGUAGCUAAGCGUAAGAGCUCUAUGCCACAGAGGUUUGUGGGAGAGAAUCGUUUAUCGGAGCUGUCAUUCGAGGGCGGCUCAGGUGAGCUCAUGCAGCCUCACGUCAUUGAUCAGGCCAUCAACAGUGCCAUUAGCUAUUUGGGAGCAGAGUCCUUGCGGCCUCUGGUUCAGACCUCCCCUGGCUCCUCCGACAUGGUGGUCAGCCCUAUUUACAACCUCCACAAAACACAGUCAGCCGAAGGCAAUGGCGUGUCCGCUAAGGACAGCGCCGCAGAGCAUCUCCUUCUGCUGUCCAAGUCCAAAUCGGCCUCUGUGGAGAAGGAUGGCUCGCCCAGCCCCAGCGGCCAGGACUCCACUGACACCGAGAGCAACAACGAGGAGCGGGCGGCCGGGGGAGGCGCGGCGGCGGCCGCAGGGGGUCUCAUCUAUCUGACCAAUCACAUGGCUCCAGGUAUGCGUAACGGAGGUCUGCCAGUGGUGAAGGAAGAGCAGCAGCGGCAUUUCGAGGCCUUGCGGGCAGCGGGGAUGGAGCUGAGUAUGGCGUCAUCGGAGGGGUUUAAGGUGCUGAGUGGAGAGGGAGAAGAAUUGAGGGCGUACCGCUGCGUCCACUGCAGAGUUUUGUUCCUGGACCACGUCAUGUACACCAUCCACAUGGGAUGCCAUGGCUUCCGAGACCCGUUCGAGUGUAACCUUUGUGGUUACCGCAGUCAGGACCGCUACGAGUUCUCAUCGCACAUCACGCGUGGAGAGCACCGCUUCUGAGUUAACACACACAGAGAUGUUCCACAUAUGCUUGACUACACAUUCAGUCACACACAACUGAUUCAACAUUUUAGGAUUUUUUAGACACUGUCCAUACAUACACUGGAUUUUUUUUAAAGUUUCGUGUAACAUUGUUUUUUCUUUGUACAUACAGUUGCCUAUAUAUUUUACGGUCUUGUCUAUUUUUCUACAACGGUGUUACUUGUAUGUAGACUUUCAAAAAACUGUAACUGAACAUAGAAAAAUAAGUGUUUGAAAGUACAUUUUUAAAUCAUCCCAUAUAAAUAUGACGUUUUUGCUGCCCUAAAGUUACUGAGAUGAACAAUAAUAAUAAUUCAAUGUUAAAAGUUAAAUAAAGUUAUAAAAUAUUAUUUGCAAUAUGUGAUGCAAACUCAUGUAUCUCUCUUUCCUGUGUUCCAACAGUUUACUCUUCAUUUUAUAUAUAUAUUUUUAUAUUAAGCAGCUUAAAGUGCAUAUUUUAUAAUUUAUUACAGUGAAAUAAUGUCACGAUUUGUCCAUUUUAUGUAACAUGACUCUCUUUUGAAAUGUUCCCCUGUAUAUUGAACCAAAUAUAUGGCAGUACAUAUUGUACAUGUUUUUUUUAAAUUAAAUUUCACAAUUUUCCCUGCUUGUUUUAUAUUGUAUUUAAAAAUACAGUUUGAAAGCAUUUUACUCGUACAUAUUUACCUUAACAUCCUAGAAUAUAUAUGCCUGCAAAAAAAUAAUAAAAGAUUUUACAUUUGUUCAA